CCAAAAUGAAGCCAGAGCUCUUCAAGUAAAGGGAAGAAUUGAUGCAGUAGUGGCAUAUUGAGUUUAAGAGAAUCAGGCUAAAUCAUCCAAUCAGACAGGCAGAAAAAAAGGGCUAUCAGAGUUUUUACAAUUAAAGUGUGUUUCAAAAGUAAUUUAGAGUAAAGCCGAAAAAAUACAGGAUCCAUAUUGAGCGCGUUCAGUCAGCGUCGUGUCUCCAUAGAGCAGCUCUGUCUGUCACUCUCAGGAUGCGUAUUUGGAGUGUGGCAGCAGCAUAGUGUGGCCCCGGUCAGCUAGGUUCAGUAUAGAGGAAACAACAUGCUCACAACAGGUUGUUUUGCCUUUCUGAGGUCUAUUUCCUGUUUAUUUGGAUAUAAUUCGGUGACUGUUGAGCCUCUACUAUAGGGAAAUUCCAUGUCAAUUCAACCAAGAAUCUCCACUCAUGUCACAGAUUUUGAUGAAAUUUGGUGGAGUGAUUGGCCUUUAGGAGAAACUGUCAGAGCUCAAAUAUUUUUGUUCAAAGCCAUCUAAUUAGUGAGAUAGGGGCUAAUGAAUUUUUGGCUAAUUAGCAUGACAUGCGUUACAAAAGUGUUCAUAUCUCUGGAAGUAUGGCACAUAGAGAGCUGAUUCAGGUGUCAUUCUAAAGCUCUCUUCAAGUUCAAUCUUUUUGUUCACAACAUUUUUUCCCAAAUUGGACUAGAAACAUUUUUAUAAAAGACCAAAAACUUAAAUUGGAAAUAGCAAAAAACGCACAUCCUUCAAUUUUCUUCAUAUUCGCACUAAAGAAAGACUAUCAUGUCCACUAGCAUCCCUGCAAGUUUCAGGAUGGGCAUUCUAUAACUUUUUGAGUAAUCUGUCAAAAUGUGCGGUACGUUAGGUCGAAAAUCGCCAUAUUGGGCACAUUAUACAGUCCUGACCUCAUCUGGAGUCAGCCCCACUUGCCUGCUUGUGUAAAAUAUUACUUCCUCAUAGUGCAAAAUGCUUUUUUUGAGUGUUUUCAUUUGUAUGUUAUCCCAUAUUUGUAUGAAAAAUGGCUAGAAUAGCUUAUUUUUGCUCAGUUUUCCAUCGCAUUUCAUUUCUAUUUGCACCUAUAUCCAGAAUAUGAAUGAUCUUAGCUUCAUGGGAGAAUCAUUUGGACAUACCUGUAUGUCCUGGAUCCUAGGGUUGACAAAUAACUUCUACCUAUGCACCCUGAAAUUUUGUUGCUGGUUUCCCUGUGAAGUAUUCCAGGCUAUUUAUCCUGAGCCCUUUCAACGUUUCCUUUAUACUUCAAAAGUACUUUUAGCAUGGUGGUCAAGUUUUGUGCAGCUUUUCAAUAUUGUUCGUUUGUUUCCAAAUAGGAAAGAAUGUAUGAACAACAAAGAGUUUGAUAGCGUCAGUGUAGGAAUGAUGGUUCCCCAGUUGUCUAGGUCUUCUGGCUUUCAGUACAUGCAAAUCUUUGAGAAAGAGCUUAUCAGGAGAGCUACAGUAAUUAGCAACCAUUCCAAAAUACACUAGAAGAAGUUGGGCAAGAGGAGAGCAAAGGAGCCAUGUUAGGACUGUAAAAUAAUUUCUCUUGAGUAUGGUAUCAUCCAAUCCUUGCUCGCUGGAAUCCAGAUUUUAUGAUUCACUCUUGGUCAAUUUUCUUGAUACAGUAAUAUGGUAGAUAAAGUGCAAGCUCAUUCUUGUAGCUUAUCCGAUUUGCCUCUGCUCCAAAGUGCAUCAAGAAAAUGAGACUCAGGGCAACAGAGCACCAUUAUUCACUACUCAAGAGAAAUUAUAUAAGACCUAGACAACUGGGGAACCAUCAUUCCGUACACUGACGCUAUCAAACUCUUUGUAGUUCAUACAUUCUUUCCUAUUUGGAAACAAACGAACAAUAUUGAAAAGCUGCACAAAACUUGACCACCAUGCUAAAAGUACUUUUGAAGUAUAAAGGAAACGUUGAAAGGGCUCAAGAUAAAUAGCCUGGAAUACUUCACAGGGAAACCAGCAACAAAAUUUCAGGGUGCAUAGGUAGAAGUUAUUUGUCAACCCUAGGAUCCAGGACAUACAGGUAUGUCCAAAUGAUUCUCCCAUGAAGCUAAGAUCAUUCAUAGUCUGGAUAUAGGUGCAAAUAGAAAUGAAAUGCGAUGGAAAACUGAGCAAAAAUAAGCUAUUCUAGCCAUUUUUCAUACAAAUAUGGGAUAACAUACAAAUGAAAACACUCAAAAAAAGCAUUUUGCACUAUGAGGAAGUAAUAUUUUACACAAGCAGGCAAGUGGGGCUGACUCCAGAUGAGGUCAGGACUGUAUAAUGUGCCCAAUAUGGCGAUUUUCGACCUAACGUACCGCACAUUUUGACAGAUUACUCAAAAAGUUAUUGAAUGCCCAUCCUGAAACUUGCAGGGAUGCUAGUGGACAUGAUAGUCUUUCUUUAGUGCGAAUAUGAAGAAAAUUGAAGGAUGUGCGUUUUUUGCUAUUUCCAAUUUAAGUUUUUGGUCUUUUAUAAAAAAUUUUCUGGUCCAAUUUGGGGGAAAAAAUGUUAUGAACAAAAAGAUUGAAGAGAGCUUUAAAAUGACACCUGAAUCAGCUCUCUAUGUGCCAUACCUCCAGAUAUAUGAACACUUUUGUAACGCGUGUCAUGCUAACUAGCCAAAAAUGUAUUAGCCCCUAUCUCACUAAUUAGAUGGCUUUGAACAAAAAUAUUUGAGCUCUGACAGUUUCUCCUGAAGGCCAAUCACUCCACCAAAUGUCAUCAAAAUCUGUGACAUGAGUGGAGAUUCUUGGUUGAAUUGACAUGGAAUGACCCAGUCAUGGUAUUAGUACCAGUCAAACUGAAGAUCCUUUCACAUUGGGACCAUUUUUGUUGUGCGAUUGUUUCGUACAUCAGUAUUUUUUUUGAACCCGUAUCCUGUCAAUACAAGCGUUCACAACAGCGACAUUUUCCUGUCCUGCAAUAUUGAGGCAUUUAUUUUUUUCGGAUCACGGUCAAAUAUUCGCAAAGUUUCGCACACUGUGUGUCCACUUCUGACCAAUCAGAUUGCGUGUUGUUGCGACAUCAGAUUCACCUGUAUAUCCAACUUGGCCGACCGGCUGAUUGUUUACGUGUCAGAGAAUUGAGAGCUUUUUGACACACACAUUACACAGAUAACGACCUGAAGGAUAGUUUGUGUGCUUUAACAGUUUGCUAACAGUCUUUGUUUUAAUUUUCAUCUGUGCUAAGUAACUUUAGCUCGUAAGCUAACCUGUUCAGAUACAACAUACCAUAUGUCUUUUCACUGUCUCGAACUCAAUUGUGCGAUGUCACAGCACCAUUAGGUCUCGGUUGUUACCUUACGUUUAUGGAUUAUAGUUUAAUGUGCUUAUUUGCUACUGGCCCGGACUCAGUACAUGCUAUCAUGACAGACAGCCAUCUCAACACUAGUGUCUAAUCAGAACUGCAAAACGGUCACUCUGCUGUUGUGUCAGUCUUCUCGCUUCCAUCCGGGACACGCAUUUUUUUUCCCCCGGAAAGUCGCAAAAUCGCAUCGGGCUUGAUGUAUAUAGUCAGGCGUGUCUAAAUUUGCCUCAGAAUAUUUCGUAAUUUCGUGUCGGACAUUUGUGUUGGUCCCGGUGUGUAAGGACCUUAAUCCUGAUGAUGAGUUUGGCUCUUACCUGCCUGUGACCGUGCAUGAGUCUAUGUCUGUCAGUCACAUCGCUGUGAAAUAUUUACAGGUAUCAGACACUGCCUCUGUCACAGGUAACCCAGCAAACAUAUGAUGAAGACGUGUGUGUUUAAAGACAGUAUCCUCCCUUUUGUCCCCUUCACACUGUACUGUACCUCACUCAGUUACACAUGUGCUUGGUGUCAGAGGAUCCUGAAGGCAGCAUUAUGCAAAAACUGGAUUUUUUUUAGGAUGAAGCACACUAACGGUUUCUGUGCAUGCUCUCCUCUGCCUAUUCAAAUCUGGACUGAGACAUUGUAGGGGACUCUGCUUGGUCUUUUUUUCUACCCCUCUGCUGGAGCUUUUUUAUUGAAGCUGGGUUAGGGUCUUGUCAAACACCAGCAGGCAGAGAGGUGCAUUUGAAGGCGUUCACGAACAGUCCGGCUUACAUAAGACUUGAGAGGAGCAGCUCAUUCUGAACUGUGUGUACUGAGCCUCAGAGGGGAGUGGCGUGGAGAGAAUUUUUCAUUUGUUUAGAAAAGAAGUCUUCAGGUGUGUGCAUGAGGUUUGAGUGAGUCAGCUUCUGCAGUAAGACCAUAAUGGAGUGCACUGAAGCAUCAGGCGGUAUGUUGUUGCAUGGUUUUCAGGUUUUGGCUCUUUUUUUCUUUUGCUGUGUGUAGCUGAUUGUGGGAUUGUGGAUGGUUUCUUCUUCUUUCUCUGAGCUUGUGUAUGAACUGUGUCCAGUCAAGUCUUUGUGUCAUUUUCAAGAUCUGAUGGGGUUUUUGCAGGAAGCUAAUGGUAACUUUGGAACAAUUGACUACAAUUAAGCAAAGCAAACGGUGCACAUUUGUCUAAACACGAUACAUAACUUAUAAUAAAUGUUGGAAAUGUCCUGGUAAUGAUUUUUUAUGUCAAUGCAGCUCAUAAAAUUUUUUUGUCGAAACUUAUAGGGAUUUUUCAUAAAAUUUGGUCAAUAAAAUAUCAAAAACUACACUUAUGCCAAAUUCCCCAUUUUUGAAGCAUUUUAGGAGCUAUUUUCACAUGAUGUCCAUGGGAAACAAAGAGGUCACUUUAGAUAUCUAAGCUGCACUCUUACUUAAAGUUCUCAGUUUUACAGAUGAAGAAGACACUUUUACUUGUCUCUUUUUAAGCUGGAAAAAACGUGUUUUUUUUUUUUGCUUUUUUUGUGGGAACUUUUUCCUUUUCCAAUUCUAACCUCUGGCUAGAAAACAGGUUUUGAAAUGUCAACCAGUUUCAUGACCUGUUGAACAACUCCUGACUGUGUGUUUAAGAGCUCCUUCUCCCUGCCUUGGUGAUCUGUAUCUGUGGCAGUUAGGGCUAGGCAAUUAAAACAGGAAUCACCCUUUGUCAACCACUGAGGACAAAAAACUUUCAGGCCCUGGAAACUGGAAUCCAUCGCUGUGUCAAAAUGUCAUCACACUGGAAAAGUCUUGAGUAACGGCACUUAAGUUUUGUCUUUACUCUGCCGGAGCACAUGGAAAAUGAGCAUGAAAUAGAAAAAAACUGUAGUCAUAAACCUGCCAUCAUCUGUCAGGCUGAACCAAUCACAAGUCUCUAAGCUCAGCUGUUCACACCUGGUGGGAUCAUGGCUAUCAAAAUGUAGGCCUGCUGACUGCUUGUAACUGGAUCUCAUUCUGUGUCCACUUCAGCUGUCUAAUAGUUUGAUUAAGAAGCUUGGUGUCCCCCUACAAUAUCCAGAAAUGGACCAUUCUGCCCUAACUUUGUAAUAAUCCAAGGUUUUAAUGUCACUAUUUCUUAAGAUAUACUCCCCAAUUUACAUCAUGUGUCAGAUGGAGUAUCUAGACAAAGGUUUAACUAAUUUGACGUCGCUAUCGUAGGUAAAACAUAGGAGUGCAUUUUCCAGUUUUGCUUAACUCAAAACAACUUGAUUUAAUUUGCAACAGAAUAAUGAUCUCCCUUCCCUCACGCCUACUCAAUCCUGAUGAAAAAAUAAAUUCAGAUUAACAAGUAUGAUACCUUUUGUAUUGAUACUUGUUGUGACACCUUCCUCCUGAUCUGAUCAGAUGGAGCAGUGUCCCUUUUUAUUGUAAACAAAAGCUUUCACCAGCAUCUCUGCAUCAUGCAUACUGCUAAAAGUUUAACCCUUUGUGCUCCUAUGGCCACCUCUGUGGUGACACAGCAGGUAACAAAUGGGACAGAUUUCUAUGAACAUGAAACGAGAUACCUUCCACAGAGGGUAGCUUUAUAAAGCUGGCAUUGCCCCAUCAGUUUUUUCCCUCUCUUUGUGUCAGGGCCAGCUGGUGUAACAGAACUAUAAAUAGAUGUCUUUGACCUCCAGAGUUAUAUUUGGAUCUGAGUAGAGACGACAGACAGAUGAGCAAAAGAAAGAGGGGAGGAGCAGAAGCAGGAGCAUAGGAGAGAGGAGAGAGGAGAGCAGAGAGCAGCCACACUCUCCCCGGGGAGCUGGGCUACAUCGUAUCUUUUGAGCCGUUCACCUCACCACUUACUUCGUUGAUCGGACAAUCAAGUUUUCAACCAGCAAGGAUGGGUGAUCCAGCAGCUCUGGCUGAUGCCACCAUCCCUCCAGUGGCCACGGCGAUCCCUGAGGUGAUAGCUGGGGAAAUCCAAGGUGAAGAAAACAAGAUGAUAAGUGAGCUGACAAGGACUCGUUAGUUUGUGUGUGAGUGUAGGUGGUUGGUUGUAUUGUGUUGGUUGUGUGAAGGUACAGCUAAGACGCAGACUUCUGGGUCAGAGUUAAGACCCCAGAGAGGUGGUUUUCUAAGUUCUUGACUGGCUGUGGAAAAUUCAGUAGCUGUUGGAAACCUGAUGAUGUGUCACUACAGGGUGAAAGAUGUCAUAUUAUCGCACUAUAUAGUUAGAAGUUGUCUAAGGUGAUUUGGUGUAUGAGCCCCUAUGAUUUCGCAGUAAAGAGGCUGAUUAGUAUGAUCAAAUGGUAGUUUGAGGGGCUCUUUAAUUUUGUCAUAUAAAGAGAAUCAGGGUUCUGCUAACUAACUGCUGCCUUGCUACAGGACUGGUGUACGGGUCACUUUUCCAGACAGGAUUGUUAAAGCAGUCUUCAGAGUAUUUUAACUGAGCGUGUAUUACUUACUGUUAAAGUGAAGACUUUAAAAGUUUUGCUCAUAAACACUUGAUCUCUUAAUCCUCUCUUUUCUAGAUGAGUACUUUUGAAUACAAACCUUAACUUUGAGCACUGCUCCUUUUAGAGCGUCACUGAGUUUGACCUAACACCAUGGAGCUGACUGCACCACCUGUUCGUUCACUUUGCCACUAUUUUCUCCCAUCGUCCAUUGUGGGAUUCCAUUGCAGCCCAGGAAUAGCCCCUUGGAUGUGGUUUCUUUGUGUUUCUAUUGCCUCCCUUUCCCCUAGAGUCAGUAAUAAAGGCUUUGUUCCAUGCAGUGUGAUAUCUAGAUUGAUAGAUUUCAGAUCUGAGAAUACUAAAUAUGAUCAAUAUUCUUCAGUUCUGUUGAUUAUUCUAAUUUGGAAACUCCCAUCACACGCAAAUUCUUGAUUUCUGAUGCAGGUUCAUUUUGGCUGGUGAAAACUUUUAUAAUUUAUGGGUUCUGAACUUGGGUGUGGCGAAUUGGAUCUCAUGUGCCCCCAAGAAUUUUUUAAAAAACCAUCCACAUAAUUUUCUUUUUUUUUCAGCUAGAAACUUUUCUUCACAAAUCUGCUUCAAAAGAUUUAAAAGAAUAGUCUUAAAAUAAUAAACGUCGUAAAACGUCAAGAGUAUUUCAUAAAUCACAAGUUUCUUCUUAUGCAACAAUAAUCUGUGUGGUUUAGAAGCAGGUUUAUAGGUAGAAGAGACCGGAUUGAUGGAAAAACUCGCAUUAAAAUCAGAGGGCGUGGUCAUGGCAAGUCCUCCAAGUUAGCCUGGGGUGCGAUGACACAUCUCAUGGCACGGCACAACAAGUCCAUAACUUUUUAGAAUCUGUUUCAAGACUCUCUUUGGUGUCUCUUCAGAGGUUGAUGGAUCACAGCUUGGGUAUCGAGAAUGGAGUGUCGAUGGGGACCGGGACUAACAUUUCGAUUCUUCCGGUAUCGUUCAAAUAUUAAAAUUUCGAUUCCAAGUUUCAAUGCUGGAGUCCGCCGACCGGAAGAAAUAGCCGCUGAAAAUCAACGAAGAAGAAGCUGCUUAACACCAACAAGGACAGAGCGUAGGAGACGAAGCCACACAGAAAGUGAAGAGAGACAGAGAGAGAAAGUACAUUGCAACCCCCAGCAAUGCAGCCGCUGUGGGUUACAAUCAUAGACUGUAUAUAAGAUGGACAACCUGGUUCCGCCUUCCGCCUGUAUACGGAUUUGAACCCAAAAAGCUCUCGGUAAUUCCGGGUUUUUCUCCACUUCUUUGAAACCAGAGCUGCGCAGUAGCGAUGCGCGCAUUUGGCCGUGCAGUUGCCGAGAGUCGCUGUGAUGACGCUCGGCUCAAAUAUCCCCACGGGAGAGCUACGCAAUCCCUUAACGCCCAUAGGCUGUACCAGGUGUCAAUCAUAGAAAACAUGAACCCCCUAAUAACUUUUAAAAAUGGAGCUGUACAGAAAAAAAGGACUUGGGCACAAACCAGUCUUACAAUAACUACAUGUCAACAUCACAAGCAGGGGGGAGAAAAAUUUAUGUUCUGUGUAAUAAAUUUCUAAAGUUUGUCCACAGUCCCAUAAGCUUCGCUGGCGGAGGCAGGAUUUAUGACCUGUACUGCAGCCCACCAUCAGAGGGUGCUGUUCUCGGAGUGGCUUCACCCAGCGAGGAGGCAGACUCUGUCCAUCUUAUAUACAGUCUAUGGUUACAAUCCACUCUCUCUCUCUGUCUGUCUCUUCUCUCUCUCUGUGGCUUCGUUUCAUACGCUCCGUCCUCGUUGGUGUUCGGCAGCUUCUGCUUUGUUGGUCAAAAGUUGGGCUAACUUUAGCAGGAAAAAUGAACUCUUAUCUCAAUGCAACAUAAGCAAUACAGUUAUAUCAUACAAAGGAGGGUAAAUGACCAACAUGAUUAAACACCUCAGGAUUCAUGGAGGAGAAAUACCCGAGUGCUCGUCUUUGACGCGCUUCGCCGGUGUUGUGCCAUAGAAUGCACCCCUGACGGGAGCGCAGUUGAAAGUACAUAACAAGGCGAAACAAUCCAAGUUUUUCUUACCGUUGAAUGGAAUCUAAAGCGUGUGCCUUUAAUGAUUUCAUUCAGGCUAUUCAGAUAUGCCGAAAACAAUAGCCCUCUGAUUCGGAAUAUUUGCUGUCCCGAAAAUAUAAUGUUCUCUACCUUAACAGCUUACUGUACAGUUUAUAUACCCAAGUCACCUCUAUGUGUGCAUUUUUGAGACACAUAAAAACAAAACGAAAGUUUACUGCUCCAUUUGACAUGUUUUCAUGAUCUAAUACUCGUGUUUUUCUUUAAAUAUGAGAUCAUUGUCUUCCACUUUAAGAAGCUAAUGAGUGGAGGGGAGGCAUUCUAUGGCAGGGGUGCAUUCUACAGCACAACACCUGUCUUCCGCUAACCAGUCAGGAUCAGAUAAGUGAAGCAAUAAAUUACUUCUGUCCUCUGCUAACUUUGAAGCGGUAAACAAAUUGUACUGUGUACGGUGAGUAAACUUAAAUAUCCAACUAACCUUAGCCCUUGUACUUUUUCAUAGACAAACGACCUGACAACAAAAAUUUAUAUUUAUAUACUGGUUGAAAAUAGCCCUGUGAGAAAUUCAUAGUAAAGUUCCCUCAUUCAAACCAUAAUAGAGAAUCGAUAGGAAUCGGAAUCGAAAUGAGGAAUCGGAAUCGGAAUCGUUUAAAAUCAAACAAUACCCAACCCUAAUCACAGCUGCUUCCAAUCAGUGUAUAGGCAGUUAAUCAUAUAUGAAGCUGCUGUCAUGCCCCUCCUCUGGUUUCCCUCCUCUCUCCUUCAUCCUCUCCCCUCCCAGCAGUAAUCGGAGCUUUGAGUUUGAUCCUGGUGGAAAUAUUAUUCUAGAGCUUUGGGCAAAUGUUCUCUCCUCCUCUCCUUAUGCUUUGUUCAGUACACAUGGGAGCUUUGAACUAAUUCAGCUGUUUAUUCUCUUAUGAAAACACCACAGCAACAACAAACCCUGCGGUGCCCCACAACUCAGCCAAACCCUGAAACCCAACACACUUCUGUUUGGGACUCAAUAUUUCAGAGAAAACAACCUGACCAAACUCUGCAUGCAUGAGAGAAACAGAUGCAAUGAUAGUAGGAUACUACAGGAGUACAUUAUGAGGUAGAACAUGUCCUGGAUGGCUCAACAAAGCCUAAAGCUCCAGUCGGUUAUAUCGGAUAUUAUGACCACAGUGAUGAAACAAUUUCUGAUUCAGGCCCUACAGAUCGACCACUCGCUCCAGUUUGACUGUAAUAUCUGUCAAAGUCUUUUAAUAUCCUGUCUUUGUUUUCUCUUUGGCAGACAUGCUGCUGCAGUAUCAGCUGCUCUUCUUGUUUUGUAACCUCCCUCUGUAUUUUUCCCCCUUCAACUUUUUUUUUUUCUUUUUUUCUCUGAAGGUCUGUUAUGAAGCUCUCAUUUUUCAUGUGAAUCGAUGGUUCCCUGAUAAUACCAUCCCCUGUUUUUUUGAAGUGAAGAAAUGUUUGAACAGUGAAAGUUAACAUCUGUGUUUUGACCACAUUUCACUAUGAAUAUGCGACAUAUUAAUUAAUUAUUAUGGGUGAAUUUCGGCAUCCAGAACUCUUUUCACUCAAGGAUCAGCACAUGCAUGGCCAUGUUCUGUGUUUUUCGUUGAUCAUGUUUCAAACAGUUUUCUGUAGGACAUCUCUGAACCCACUCGCUCCAUCAUACAGUCCAUAUUUAAGAUUUCAAGAUAUAAAACCUAACAAACUACAUUCCUGCUCUUAAAGGAUUUUAGGUUGGGGUGAUAAUUUCACCUGUCUGAUAUCUUUACUCUUUGUAGUUUCUGUGCCAGUAUGUUAAUCUAGGACCUGUUAAAACUGUAAUAGCGUCACAAGCCAUUGCUGAGUAAUAGGGUGGGAGAAUAAAUCCAUACAUCAUACUAUUGCGAUAUUUUGUCUUGUGAUAUACGGUAUCGUCUUGUUGACCAAGUAUUGAUUUUUUCAAAUUAAUUGUUAAUAUGUAGUCAAAUCUAUGAUAAUGGAAAAAUAAAAUUAACUGUUUGUGCAGUGAGGUUGGCAGAGGUGACAACAUGGAGCAGGAGAGAGUUAGUACAAUAAAUAUAAGGUUUGCAAGAUGUGCUACAUGAAAAUAAAAGUGUAAAUAAGAAACAUGAAGGAAAGACAAAUGCUAAAUUAGCUAAAUAGUUGAAAAAAAUUAUAUAAAUUGCAAUAUAUUGUAUCGCAAAACUCACUGUAUUGCAAAAUAUUACAAAUUUCAAUAAUAUCAUAUCGUGGAGCCACUAGUGAUUUCCACCCCUACCGAGUGAUGUGGCUGUUCAGUGUGAAAGGAGAAGUUGGUUUUUUAAAUGUAUCUUAAUUCUGAUAGAAAACAAACACACCUGCUGAUUUUCCUGAUCUUUUCUUAGACCUUGCACUUUUUAAACUAUCAAACAGCACGGAUGUCAGUGAGUGUGCAGAAAGAAAGGACUCCAGCUAAUGUGUCAGCCAUCACUGAGUGAGUGUCUUUGUUUUGCAGAUGGCACCAAAGCCCAGUCAGCCAACAAAAAUGGGAAGAAGGCGGACUCUGGCUCCAGCAGCGGCAGUUUCUUCACCUGGUUCAUUGUGCUUGCCCUGCUGGGGGUCUGGACAUCUGUUGCUGUGGUGUACUUUGACCUCGUUGACUACCAGGGAGUCCUUGGUGAGUAUGCCAUGCCACACACACACGUAUCAAAUGUUAAUACGUGUGUGUUAAAUGUUGUCUCAUGUCCAUGGUGUGUCUUCUCUCUCCACUUCAUGCAUCUUGCCAUUAAAAGGAUGCUCUGCCUGUUUGGCUUUUAUCUCCAAAAAUGUGUCCACUAACACAUGCAUUUACCAUCUGUCCAUGAAACAAGCAUCCACCCUCAUUGAGAGCUUAUCAAACUGAAAUAUUCUUCGAAAGAUCAGAACCAUUAGGAAAUCAGCGACAAACAUGCUGAAAGUGAGAGUCUGCUAAAUCCCAGUCCUGCUUUCAUCAACCUGAGCAUAUCUGGCAGUCCUGAUUGUACUGGGACGUUUGAUCCUGACUGUGUGUUUUCCAUCACCCAUCCAUUGUUCUAACAUUAGACCAUGAUGACAGGGAAGAUAUCUGUCAUAGUUCUGUCUCGAUAAUCUCUCUGAACUGGUUUCAGAUGGUUCAGACCAUGUAGCGAUGAGGAGAUAAAUGCCCCUCUUGUAUGCUUGAGCUCACUUAAAGGAAUUAAAUAAAAUAUGCCCCCCAGUGUGUUACCUACCAGGCUCAUUAACAACUCAUUAUACCCACUAAAAGUGGAGCCUCUCCAAGUGGCCAGUGGCGGGCAUAUUUCAUUAACGCAGACAUAGAACCACACCCUUUUAUUAAAAAAAAAAAGUUUUAAUUUAUGAAACCUGCAGACCUGCAAACACUAAAUUCAGUUGUAGCACUCUGAUCACACUAGAAGUGCUUUUUUUGGGUCUCAUUCACCUGUUUUCGCUGUAUUCCUGGCAGAGACUGCCUUGUUAAGUGCUCACUAGUGUUUCCCAUCCACGAGACAGCCACACUUGUGUUGGUUCAAGGUUAGUCCCAGGGACACAUGGGUAUGUGGACAGCAAGUCCUGGGAUCAGAACCCUAACGUCCCUGUUCGGAGACGAGUGACUUUACCCAUGAGCCACUGCUGCCUCUAAUUUCAAACAAGUGUCCUGGGUUUCACUGAACAACUUACUGGUGAUGGUUUAUUAAAAUAUAGAAAUGUGAACACUUGCAUCAUUAGACAUAGAGUAUAAUAAUAUAAUCAUUAGGUUAACAAAAGAGAAAUCUAAUGUAGUUAUAAUGUGAGUGUUUUUCUGGGGCCUAGGUUGUAUAUAUGCACCUGCAGGUUUUGCUAUUCGGCCUUGGUGGGUCAUCCCCUCAGGUGUUUUGUGUAUUUUAAAGAGGCUGCAGGUACGGUUACCUUCAGGUCCCCUUUUCUUCUCUUGACCUUUAUAAACAGGUUAUCAUAAUUCAGAGGAAAACAUCAUAUUAAUGUGUGUUGGUUUAUUCUUCUAUUUAGGGCUGGGACUCUGAAAAAAAAUUUAACUUAUUAAUUAGAGGCUUUGUAAUUAAUUAAUCUCAAUUAAUUGCGUAAAUAUUUGACCUGAGAACAGUGAAAAUCAUUUUUUAAAAAUGGUAUACGAGUGAAUCAAUGAAUGGUGAACUGAAUGAAUACAUAAGCUUUAGCAAACAAAACCUUGUUUAUUUUUCAAGGUAAUAUUUAACCGAGACCAACAGAUCUGUGCUUUUUUAUGCAAUAAAGUGCAGCAAUUUUAGAGAUUAACAAUACAGAAUCAAUUUCAGAGAUACAGGUAGCCUAUAAAGGUCCAGUGAGCCAGAGAGUUUGUUAAUUUUUCUGACGUGAACUUCUUCAUCUUAGACUGACUCCAACACAGCAACCCACACUUGACCAGAUUAGUGGAUUCAGAGCUAACAUUAGCUUCCACGCUAACUUCAACAUGUUUAGCAUUCAGAUGAUACCGGAGGCUGGACAUGCUGCAGUGAUAUGUAAAUUCUUUUUGCAUAGUUUGCACGACUAUUUUUUUUUUUUUUUAAUCCAGGCUCCCAUUCAUCUUUUAUUUUUAAAACAAAAAUGCCCAUCCACACCGGAGCCAAUCAAAGCACAUUCAUCUGCAACUGUGUUAAUUUUUCCAUGCAUUGGGUGGGACUGGAAUCACUGCUACACUCAUUUACUUUGGGGUGCGCCAGUAUAAGCGGUAUACCCGUCGAGUGAGAAACGUUCCGCGGAGCAAAAAUACAGUACGUGCGAUUAAUAUGCGUUAAUAUUUUUAACAGAUAAUAUUACUGAAAUUAAUUAAUUAAUCGCAAUUAACGUGUUACAGUCGUAACCCUACUUUUAUUCAUAACGCUCAAUCACGUGUAAAACCAAAACUAUCAGUUUAUUCUUUUUAAAGUAGAUCAAGCCUUCACCUUUCACUCUCAUUUCAUCAACAUUCAUUCCAGACAUCUCCAGUCCUUCUUUUCUUUAUUUUUUUCAUUUUUUUUUUCAUUUGCAUGUGGACGAUAAUGAACACUGCCUCUCUGUUGAAUGCAUAUCUGUCUGUUUGAUCACAGCAUACUGUCACUAAUUUGCACUCUGAUCCUUUAGGUGACACAGUCUUCUCUCAGUGUGACCACAGUUUGCAUAUAAUUGAUGAAUCUUUCUGCUUUUGUUUGAUUUUGAUCUUUCUGAUGGUAAUUUGUAUGUUUUGUGUUUGCAUGCAGACAAGGCUAAGGGCUUACAAAUUAACCUGUCUGAGGCCUUGCAAGGUAAAAACCACAAGACAUGUUUGUCUUACAUCUUGUGUUUACAUAAACAAUUGUGUUCUGAUGAUGAUGUGUGAUUUUUAAAAACUUUUCUUUGAGCUAAAGGCUAAAAACAACAGAUCUUUCAGGUUUACUCCACGAUCAGAUGACUUUUAAUAGUUUUUUCUUCACCCAGCUAUACUUUUUUAAAUCAGACUUUUACUUUAAACUUUUGUGGAAAGUGCAAAUCUUUGCCUUAUUGGUCUUCAAGUGUUUUGAGAUGGAUUACAUGCUUAAGGCUGUACAUCCAGGGAUUUUAACUUAACUUUUGCCAGUCAUGCAGCAUUAAGCAGAAACAGAAACACAUCAGCUUUUACAGAAGCAUUAGUUUAUCGAGGAAAGCAAGAGGGGUCUGGCUGCAGACCACCACUGUCAGGACCUACCUCAACUGUGAGGACCCACUCCACUAAGAAGACCCGAGGUGACGGUUUUCUCAUGUGCUUCAGUUUGUUUGAAGUUGCUAUCCCAUUUUGUAUUUUGUCUUUGUUGAACACAUGAAUACACAAAAAAAUUGUAUGAACAUUAUACAUAUAAAAUUGAGCUCUAAAAAAAAUAUAUAUUUACAAAAAAAAGAGACAAAAAAUACUUUCUUCCUGGUCUAAUCGCUUUUUAUUUGGUAGGCUUUGAAAAAACUUCCUACUUAAAAAAACAAACAAAAAAAACGGUAUAUUUGCUUUUAUUUUGAAAGGCUUCAAAUCAAAUUCCUGUCUGCUCAGUGGAGGUGGGUCCUCACAGUGGAGGUCUGCAGCCAGACUGUCUUUAGGAAAAGUGCUCUUUUCCUGAAUGUUACUGUGUUUCCACUCAGUUAUAGAUAUUCUAGUCAAAAUAAGCUGUUUCAUCCAUUGAAACCCUUUUCCCUUUAUUUGCAUGGAAUUUGAGAGCGAGGACCAACUACACUUGUGUUAAAAAUGUUUAAAGGAGUCAAAAACAAAGUAAUUCUUUGAACUUGUCUAGUAAAUUGAUUGGGCUAUAAUUGCUUCUGUAUAAUCUCCAUGUUUAGGAAAUGCACCCUGACUGUUAUUUCCUCUCUGUCCCUGUAGAAAAAAAAAAAAAAGAAAAAAGGAUGCUCUAAAAAAGGAUUUGAAUUCACAUAACCACCUACUCACUAUACUUAUUACCUGGCUGCCAACUCAGAACAGAACAAGUUGACAUAAAAAGAAAAAAAUAAUGAACCACUUAUCAAAAAUAGACCCUCAGAUAACACGGUCACCAAUGUUUCCAUGGCAACUGAUUCUUUUCAGCCUCCUUGUAGUACAAAAUGUUAACCUCAACUCUAUAAUUCAAAAGUACUAUUGGCACAGGAUCAGUAUUAUUUAGGGACCUCAGGUAAUAAAUCCUGAAUCACCUCUUGAUGUGGUGAAAAAGUCAACAUUCACACUCUGAAGUCCUUACUGAAGCAUGUGCAUUAAAAUACUCAUGUCACAUACAUUUUAUAACCUACAACAUUAUUAUGAAGCCCAGAAAUUCCUGACUUUUUCUCCUCUGCAAUCAGUAGUCAGCGUUUAUGAUUUCUGUCCGUGAAGAUUAAGCGGUGCUGCUCUCUUUAAUUCUACACAUCGUGUUCUGCAGGCAACGCUGAUUACCAAGAAUAUUAAUACAUUUAAAGGGUAGAAAAUACUCCAGCAUGUCGUCCAUCUGAUAACUCUUCAACAGCUGGAUCUGUGAUGGAUUUUAGUUUGCUUUUUCUGCAAACGGGUCUACAUCAGACUUUACGCAAGCUUUUUUUCUGACUGCAAUCUUAAGAUAAAAGUAAAACUUAAAAAAAAAAGAAAAAAGAAAAGGACCAAACUUUAUGUUGUAAUAAUGCAUAUGUAACGGCCACAUGGGCUGUCUCAUAAAUGGAGGAAAAUGUUUUUGUUAACUGUUUUUCUUAUUUUAAUUAGGCUAUUGCGAGAAAUAGUAACUGAAUGAUCCAGCUGAAAUUGUAAUCAAAAUAUUGUGAAAACCUUCAUAUAAAAUACCUUUACUAAUUCUCAUCCAGAAAAAAAGGUGGAAAAAUGCAGCUGAAACUGUCUUAAAACCAAAUUAUCACCCCAAAUUACAGAGGAGUAGAUCAGGACUGAAUUGAUAUUAUCAGAGGCUCUGUGUCCGGAAACAUGGUCAGUGAUUUUCCUUGGAAUUUUUAAUUUAUUAAUUACAGACAUGGUUGAUUCACAAGAGAUUAAAAACAUUAAUACAGUAAUACUGAUCCUGUGUGAAAAUGGACAAUAGUGAGUUAAAAAGAAGCCUGUUUGUUUGUUGAUAUUCACAUCCAACUGAUUAUUUUCCCUGAAGGUAACUCUAGAUAAAAUAAACAGGGCUCCAAAUCUCAGUCUCUUAACUUACUGGAGCUCCUCAGCAGUUCUGCCAUUCUAAUGGCUUUGUCCUUAGACCUUGAAACUGUUUGAUAAUGUUUUUCACUUGUGAAUUCAAAUCCCAGUACAGCACUGCAGACUCAGGGGAGGAAGGGUCUGCAAACACAGCUAGAGAGCCACAUUCACAUACACAUUCAGGCAUGCAUGAACACAAAGAGCCAUCCCGUUUGCCUGCCAGCCCUAUCCUACCUCCUGUCCCCUUCUGAGGGAGGAUCAGGGACACACCAACUUGGCGCUUCAUUUGUUACGCAUUCAGGUUUGACAUUGGAGUAGGGUAUAGGUAAUAAUCCAAAACUGUUAUAAAGUUUUUGAUCACCACCCUCAAACAUCUAUUAUCUGGCAGACGUUGAUCAUUUUAGAUAUUCCUGUUUGGUUAAUACUUCCCCUGAACGUCCAUGUACUGUCUCUCUAUCAUGAUAAUAGUCUGGUACAGCUGCUCGGACAAAUCACCACGGUUACAGUGAUGUCUAUCAUUGCACACUAUCAGAACACAGCCAGCUAAUAAGUGGGUAUACAUGAGGGGUCUUUGUCAGACUGGGUGCAUUUCCUCCAUGUCUUAAUUUUCAUGUUGAAUGAUGCAUGCACAUGAAGAGUGAUCAGUGUGUCUCUGCAGCACUAAGAGCAAAUGUCCCGCUGUCAUAUGUGUUUGUUGCUGCUGUAGGUAAACUGGUGGCUUACGAUACAGAUGGCGAUGGUGAUUUUGACGUUGAAGAUGCUAAAGUUCUUCUAGGCAAGUUAAUUGAUUCAUCUUUAUUUAUAGCCAAUAUCAGUGUUGACGAUCAGUGGCUUGCAGAAAGUGACAGUGACAAACAGUUUCUCUGAGUCCUCACUCGCUCAUUUCUGCCAGCAACUAAUCAAAAUCAUGACAGUGUUUUUUAAAUCUGAUAAUCAUUUCAUUGAAUGGCAUUUUGGGUUUCUUUGCAUGACUUACAAUUAAUGUGAUGAAUUGUUUCUCACUGAUAUCAAACACUUGGUGUGUCCAUUUGUCCAUAUUUGAUGGCAGUCUACAAUACUUUAAAGGAACACAUAACCCCGUUUUUACUGUGUUAUCCAUUGUUAUCCCAAAGUUAAAGGUUUUUGGACAGUCCUGUACACAGAAAUAUUCAAAAGAAGGCGUUAACAGACAGGGUUUUAAAAACGAGUACUUUUAUGUGCUCCUUUUGCAUUUCUUUGCUUUUUUUUCCCAUUGCUUUCUUCCUGUUUGCAUCUCUCCAUUAAGUUUUGCUUGCCCCAAAUUUAUAACAUUUAGAUAUUUUAAUCCCUGUCAUUGUCCUAAAACAGUAGGUAUAGUGGUGCCAGCCAUGGCACAUCCACCGUGUUAGCACAGUGCAGCCUGCAGAGUCCAGCUUUGAAGCUGUGAGGAUUUUUGACUUUAUAAGAUGUUCAGUAUUUGAGGCUGAUAAAUCACAGUACACUAAAAGGGUUUAUACACCAGCUACCCCUCACAUAUCAGUGAAUGUCUGUCAAUAUUUGUGGGUUUGUGUAUCUCUGGGUCUGUGCACGUUUCUCUCAGCACAGUACGCUUUGAUCAUCUGGUGUGUGAGAGCACAAGCAAGGGUGAUUGCAAUGACAUCAUUCUUUGCAAAUAUCAAUCUAGUCUUACUGAAACCACCAAAAAGCCGGCCUGAUGGUGUUUUGCUAGCCAUUGGUACAGAGACGACUGCAUCGACAAGAAGUAAAGCUGAGCUUCCAAAAAAAUAUCCGCAGACACUAAACGGUUAGGAUGGACAGUUGGAGAUGCUCCACCGUAAAGGUUAACUCAGUGAACAUUAAACGAACAGUUUGAAACCACCAUAAAAAGGCAGACCACUUAAUAUCCUCUCAUGCAUUUUAACAAAACAUGGAUGUGAUAAGCCUUUCUCAUGUGACCUGGCAGUCCAUGAUUGAGCUUCAAAUAUAAUUUCCCUUUUUCAGGUCAGGGCUUCACCAAACUCCUAUAUCUGUAGUUUGAAAGACCUCAAACAUUUCCAGUCAGCUCCUGUCUCAAGUGCCGCUGUCAGUUUGAUCUCUGAGGAGGCUCUGUAGGCCUGUAUCUUUGAGAGUGUCGGAAAGAUACUGAUGAUUUUUUAUCAGCUCUUGGGGGAAGAGUUCAAAAAUCAAAAACCAAAGACUUUGUCUUUAAAAACCAAGCAGAGCAGUAAAUAAUGAGGCAACAGCAGUUUCUUGAUGUUUGGGGAUGUUUUCAUGUGAAUUUGUUUUCUUCAACAUUAAAUAUGCUGAUGUAUAUAUGCAGACUUCAGCUCAGUCUUUUCUAAAAAGCCAUAGUAUUAUUUUUAUUUUGUCUUCUUCUGAUAGCUUGCACUGCUCAGCUCAUUAUCACAGCUACAUACCAAAAUCACAGGCGUCUCACCUAAUGAUUUGAUUCAUCCCUUUGUUUGAAUUUGCUGUUUUCAGCUCUCUAAAUCCUGUAGUUUAAAAGAACUUAUGUUUUUUUUUUCUUUCUGUGUCUUAAAGGGAUAUUCUGGCAUAAGAUUAAGUCAUGGUCAAAAACGCAGUAAGGCCGAGUUAGACACCCCUUCAAGAGAUGAAUGUUGCCGACUCUAGUUAUAACAACUUUAGUAACGAUAGCAAUACACAGUGGUCUAUGUCUCUGGACAACUGCAAACGAAAAAGACGCUCUAUAGCCACAAAUAAUGCUCAGAACAGCACCUAACUUUGUCAACAGUCCAUAUAGGGUCCCAGUCAUAGUACUGGCCAUUAAAACAUCUUUUUAGCUUUGCCUGGUUUCUUUAGCAAAGGGACUUAACACUUGUUUGUGGGGGAGCCCUGACGAGUCGAUCACUGAGUGCAGCAGAGUUUCGCAGCACAAGGAAGAACAUUUAUGAUUAUUAUUUCAUGGAAAUGCAAUCAGACUGAGACUCUAAGGCUAAGAACUACCGCGUCUGCAGUGCAAAAUAAUGAUAAUUAUGGUUAUUACUUCAUGGAAAUAAUCCGCUGCACUCUGUUUUCGACUUGUUAGGGCUACCCCACAAACAAGCGGCUGCUGGAAGAGAGUGGGUGAGUUGUGUUUGGUCUCUUUGCAAAAAAAAAAAACAGGCAAAACUAAAAUGAUUUUUGGUGGCUAAUGCUAUGAUCGAGACCCUAUAUGUAAUGUUGAUGAAAUUAGGUGCUGUUCUGAGCAUUAUUUGUGGCUAAAGAGUGGCUUUUUGUUUGAGGUUUAUGUGUGGAGACGUAGACCAUUACUAUUGUGCGGUCGUUACUAAAGUUGGUAUAACUAGAGAAGCAAGCAGUCGGCAACAUUCAUCUCUAGAGGGGGUAUCUAACUCGGUGUUAUAGGGUGUUUGACCCUAACUUAAAUUUACGCUGGAAUAUCCCUUUUAACUUGUCUAUCAUUCAGAGGCUGUCUCCAUUUGAUAAGCCAUGUGAGAUGAAUUUUGCGGUGCACAGGUCAGUGUGCAGAGCUUGGCUCCAUGCUGAUACAUUAGGAUUGUAAAGACAUUCUUAUUUACACAAAUUAACUGUUUUUUCAAUACUAACUCAGGCUAGCACCAUGCUUUUUUCCCCUGCUUAUCAUGUGUAGACAGUCUGCUUCCAGUUGUUGUUGAUAAAACCUGAGUAGUUCCCUAGCUGCCUAACCUACGCUUAAAAACUUCUCUUACCUUCUCCUCUUAUUUCUUUCCCUUCUGCUCUCAACCCUGUUUUCAUUUUUUUUCAUGGCAUCUGUCUUCUAUCCAUUUAAUUCUCCCCUUCUUCUCCCUGCCUUUGAGUUUUUUGCUCUCCCUUUCCCCACACUGUCCCUUCACCCUCAUCUUCACAAGUUAUGCCUUCAAACCUCCCCUCCAUCCUCCCAUGCCUCCAUCCCUCCUCCCUUCUUGUUUGCGUAGGCCUGACCAGUAAGGGCGGUGGUCAGGGUGAAUCCCAGGUUCUGGAUUGGUUAGAAGAAGUGGAGGAGAGUGGAACUGAUUGGUUGAACGGUUUCUUCACUUUCCUAUACGGUCUGAUAAACCCCUCGGAGACCCUGGAGGAGGAGGAGCACAGUAACACAGGAGGAGUCCUGGAGGCACAGGAAGAUGACGAGGAGGAUGAAGAUGAGGAAAGAGUCAGAAGAAGAGGAGCCAAAGAUGAUGGAAGUCAGGGUCAGAAGAUAGUCAUAGUUGGCCUCCAAAACCAAUAGCCUCAGGCCACGUGCUGCAGAAAAAGUCUCUUCAGAUGCCUCAGCAGCCAAAGCUCAAGUCAGGUGGAAGCUUUAGAUACACCACUGUAUCUUUGCUGACAUUGCGUUAUGGGGCCAAGCAUCUUCCCAGUGAGAAUACCAAAUGUCUGUCAAACCUUCAAACAAGCUCCAUGACGGUAUCGACUGGAUCUCUGCAGGGAUGUCCUUUUGAAGUUUGACAUCACCUUGCACUUAUAUGUGGACCUGGAACUCAGGAACUCUUUUUUUUUUUUUUUUUUUUUUUAUUUAUUUAUUUUUAGUUCAAACCUUUUGUAGUCUUUUAUAGCAGUAUUUUUGCCACUCAGAUGUGAGUGACACUGACUUACCUGCAGUGCUGAGGAGCAGAUUCAGCUCAGCCCAGCUGCUUUCGCUAACUGUCUUUUCCUACUGCUGCAUGAUCAGUGACAUAUUUACCCUAGACCAUUGUACUGUAAGCAUGAAUUUGUACUUUUGAAACCCUCUGUCAAACCUAUGGCUGAAAACUUGUCUUGGACUGUAUUUAUACCUGGUGUUAACAUGCAUUCUAAGCAGAACAGGGAUUAUAAAUGCAACAAAAUGCAUUGAAAUGGACUAAGCUUGUGUUUUCAGAGGCUUGUUCAUGGUGAAACACGAUCAAGUCUCUGUCAUUAAGAGAGUACCGUCUAAACUUGCUUUUUUUAGAUAGCUGAAGUUAUGUUUUGGUGCUAUGUUAUUAAGAUUUAUGGAUUGAUUGACAGAUGAAGCACAAAAUCUAUAGUUGCUCAUUUUGGAAAUGAAUCCCAGCAAAGUAUUUUACAUCAAGUCACACGAAUAAUAAAAACCAACCUUCCUAGCUAGAUGAAAUGUGUGUCAGUAUCUUUCUGCAUCUCUGCUUUGUGUCAAAAGUUACAGGCAACUCCUCAGCAAAGGAGACAUGAGAACAGCAUUUUCAUGGUUCUGGUUUUGGGAGACUUUUCCUAAUGGUGAGAUCCUGUAACAUGGUCCAGUUUCACAGAUUACUUUUGGACAGGUAGAUGGCAGUGGAGCAGGUAAAAUGAUGAACUUUCCUUUGCUGACAAGGACUCAAAACAAGACUGACAUUGCGUAAACCCCCAAGGAUGUGCAGACAGGAGCUUUAAUUUUGGAAAUAGAAAAAAAGAAUUAAUAAUAAAAUAAAAUAUAGCUUAAAAAAUCUCCUCUCUUCACUCCUCUCAUUUCUCUCACUCCUCUCUCUUUAACUCUUCACUCCACUGUUAUAUUCAACAUUACUUGUUUUUGUCGUUGUUUUUUUUGUUAAUUCUGAAUUAUCUCACAACUUCAGUCAAGACAAAUGCAUUGGGAAAAAAGGACCCAGUUUAAAAAAAUAGUGAAGUUUGUGAAGGAUGUGCCUGAGAUGUUAAACAACUGGUUUAAUUUGGCAUACUGAACACCUCAACUCUGUGCCAAUGAUCAGACCUGUGGAUGGACUGAUUGAUCAGUUUGCUGAAUAAUUGAGCUGAAAUAUUUAUUUAUUUAUUUUUCUUUUUUUACAUAACCUGCAUCAUAUCAGCAUCGACCCUCACAAGGCCGAUUUCACCAUCAUCUUUUCUGAAUAACUCAUCUUCCUCAUCCCCAUAUCAGAUCCAAAGCAGUCACUAACCAGUGUUUUAAUAUUGUAAUGUAAUAUGAAGUAUUGACUGCAGUAUCAGCCAUGUUUAGCAAUCUACACUCACCGGCCACUUUAUUAGGUACACCAUGCUAGUGACGGGUUGGACCCCCUUUUGCCUUCAGAACUGCCUCAAUUCUUCGUGGCAUAGAUUCAACAAGGUGCUGGAAGCAUUCCUCAGAGAGCUUGGUCCAUAUUGACAUGAUGGCAUCACACAGUUGCCGCAGAUUUGUCGGCUGCACAUCCAUGAUGCGAAUCUCCCGUUCCACCACAUCCCAAAGAUGCUCUAUUGGAUUGAGAUCUGGUGACUGUGGAGGCCAUUUGAGUACAGUGAACUCAUUGUCAUGUUCAAGAAACCAGUCUGAGAUGAUUCCAGCUUUGACAUGGCGCAUUAUCCUGCUGAAAGUAGCCAUCAGAAGUUGGGUACAUUGUGGUCAUAAAAGGAUGGACAUGGUCAGCAACAAUACUCAGGUAGGCUGUGGCGUUGCAACGAUGCUCAAUUGGUACCAAGGGGCCCAAAGAGUGCCAAGAAAAUAUUCCCCACACCAUGACACCACCACCACCAGCCUGAACCGUUGAUACAAGGCAGGAUGGAUCCAUGCUUUCAUGUUGUUGACGCCAAAUUCUGACCCUACCAUCCGAAUGUCGCAGCAGAAAUCGAGACUCAUCAGACCAGGCAACGUUUUUCCAAUCUUCUAUUGUCCAAUUUCGAUGAGCUUGUGCAAAUUGUAGCCUCAGUUUCGUGUUCUUAGCUGAAAGGAGUGACACCCGGUGUGGUCUUCUGCUGCUGUAGCCCAUCUGCCUCAAAGUUCGACGUACUGUGCAUUCAGAGAUGCUCUUCUGCCUACCUUGGUUGUAACGGGUGGUUAUUUGAGUCAGUGUUGCCUUUCUAUCAGCUCGAACCAGUCUGGCCAUUCUCCUCUGACCUCUGGCAUCAACAAGGCAUUUCCGCCCACAGAACUGCCGCUCACUGGAUAUUUUUUCUUUUUCGGACCAUUCUCUGUAAAGAGAUGGUUGUGCGUGAAAAUCCCAGUAGAUCAGCAGUUUCUGAAAUACUCAGACCAGCCCUUCUGGCACCAACAACAAUGCCACGUUCAAAGUCACUCAAAUCACCUUUCUUCCCCAUACUGAUGCUCGGUUUGAACUGCAGGAGAUUGUCUUGACCAUGUCUACAUGCCUAAAUGCACUAAGUUGCCGCCAUGUGAUUGGCUGAUUAGAAAUUAAGUGUUAACGAGCAGUUGGACAGGUGUACCUAAUAAAGUGGCCGGUGAGUGUAUAUCAUAACCCAGUAUCUAUGUUUUUCUAUUGAUUCAUUAAAAAUCCCUCCAUAACAUGUCACUAGCUAAGACAACUAGUGCUGCAACAAACGACUAUUUUUUUGUCGACUAGUCGUCCGAUUAAUCACGAUUAAUCAUCUUCUUUAUUUAUAAACACCUAUUUCCGGGGUGUCGGCGUUUCAGGUGCUCAUGCAUCGCCGUGGUGCUGCCACGGUAGGAAAGCUGAGCUUUGAUCGACGUGUUAUUUUGGUUUGUUCUCCGUAGAAUGUUUCCAAACUUUUGAAGUUUUGGGUCGGAGUUUUGGAGCGUCUUUUUCGGUUCGUUCUGCCAUAAUGUGUGCACUCUUCUUCUGUGUUUGCCAAAUCCAAAAGUCUCCUCUGACACAUUUAACUGAGUCAAACACUUACACCAUCUGCGUCUGUUUGAUUAGAUUCUGUCAUUUUCAGACAUUCAGUUUUUAAUUUAUUAGUUUUAUAUCAGUAAAGUCUUUUGUCAAAAAAAGAGGAAAAUAAUCAACAAUGAUAUUGGUGUUGUAUAUCACCUGCUCUCUCAAAAUCAGUAUCGGCCUCUGAAAAACUAAUCAGUCACCAACUUAUCAGACGUUUGAGCUGGUGUUAUUAUUUAUUUUUAUUCUUUGAGUAAGGUAAGAAUAAAGUAAUUUACCCUCAAGGGAAAAUUUGAUGUUUAAUAAGUUAACAGUUUAAACAUUAGCUCUCUCCCUUAACAUGCUGCUCAUCUGUCUCUCUGAGAGCGUGGCAUGUUGCAUCAAUGUUAGACAGCUGCUGGGUUAGCAUGUUGAAGUCUAUGUUCUGACCACAGAGCCUAGAAAUCAACAUGUAACAGGAUCUUGAUUGCAUGUCUGUGUCUGGUGAAAAUGGGAUCUCAAUCCCUAAAAGUUGUCCCUGCAGGUGUGGGAAAAUACUCUCAGGUGUGUUUGUGAUCUCUGUAAGAUUACUCUGUGUCCUUACAGGUAAACAGUUUAGUUGUUGCUUAUGCUAUUCCUCUCUCUCAGCUAUGUAUUUUUGAAGCAUUAGACCGGUAUCUAACAGCUACAGUGUUUACCAGUCAUAAGCCUGAUCCAGUUUGAUCUUCGGUUUGUACACACUAUUCAAACAGCUGACACUGCAGUUUUGUUUGUUUGUGUUUGAUGUCGGUGUUGAGAGAAACAUGCACUACAAAAUAAAAGCAUGAUGUGUGCUGUGAUUCAGUCUGGAGGCACGCUGAAUCGUUAAGCUGGAAUCUUCUUUAAUUAUUACUUCAGGCUGGGAUGAACGAAAUCCCCUACAGGACUGUUGUCUUACAAAUAGUCAAGGGUGUGUGCGCGUGUGUGUGUGUAUCUGUAACUGGUGUGUAAAGGAGACACGGGCUGCUUUGAAUGCAUGGAUGACACCUGGUUUAAAAAACAGGCCCUUCCUGCUCUGGCCUGGAAGGGUUCCAGUUUGGAGUAUUAAAAGAAUGAAUCCACGUGAUGCUGCCGAAGCAGCAGUCUAACUCUGGAGAGGGAGGAGCAAUCCAUGUUUGUAAUCUAUACAUCUGUGAGCUUCUUUAUUUUGGGACAUCAGUAUAGAGAUUCUCUAGUCUCAAAGGGGUGUGUCAGUCCUUAUUUCAUUCCAUGUGCUCAUAAAUACUGACAGAAAUUAAAAUGGAUUUCAAAAGCACUUGUUCAUUGUGCACAGAAAAGUCCAACUUCAGUGACAUGUGUAUACCUCUUGCUUUUUUAGAAAAUUACUAAAAGUGCAGUAUUUUUCUUUUUCUGAAACCCUUUACAUUAGGAUAGGAAAAAAACCUAGAAUUUGAACCAGAUCAUUCAGCCUUGACUUUUGAAUGACAUAUAAACACUACAAAUCCCAGAUGUUCAUCUGGUCUCAAAGCCCCCCUUUUCCUACACUGGGUUCGGCUCGCACAGACUCUGACACCCUGUGGAAAAGUAGAGGAAGCAUUUGUUGAGGGAACAGGUGAAGUUCUGAUAACUUAAGCGAUAAACCACCCAUCAGUCACCUUUAGUAAAAUGACUUUUAAACUGAGCCAUAAGCCCCUCAACGGCACUUUCUACCAAGAAAAAAACUUGGUCUUCUGCAAGUGAAUGUCUAGACCUUUCACUGCAUGUUCACUAACACUAAAACCUAGUGAUGAGUAUCAUGAGAAGACACUUUUGGGAGCUUGCUUUGGUUUUCAAAGUAAAAUUUUCCCGUUUUUUUUAUUUCUGCAAAGAUUCCCCUCGUUGUCACACAAUAAUUAAUAUAAUUAUAAUUAUUUCAUUAAAGAAGUAACCUACAGAGCAAAUAACUGCAUACCCUGCCAAACCAAAUUAAAUGGAAGUUGCUCAGUAGAAGUGCAGUUUAGGUUUUACAUAUCAUUCCUGAAAAAACAAGGUUUCUGAAUAGAUUGUGGUUGGAUAUCGUUGAGCUAAAGUCAUUGUUGUGUGUUCCUCUUACGUUUGCUCUUUAUCAAACCUCUUGAUGGAUAAUACACCCAGACUUUACUUGGGACAAAAGAAGCUAGGUCUGCAACUUAAGUCUUUGUGGAAGUUAGCUGCAGCCUGGAGCUCAAUAAACCCUGUGAGAAAACAGUUGUUUCAGCUCUAUGAAUAGCUUCAAAAGAAACAUUCGCCUCAUGGAUGGAGCGAUCACAUCAUUGUCUGUAACGAAGACCAAGAAUCACAGAUGAUUGGGGGAGCAGUGUUUAACCUCUGUCUGCUUUGUUUAAACCCCAGAUGAAAAACCCAGAGAUUCGGCUCGGACAGGGCCUAAGAAAGGUAUCAUCAUGCAGCUGUUUGCAUGAAGCUGUGCUGUGACUUAGUGAGGACUGGACUAACUAAAGAUUUUUUGAAUUUCUGACAGCUUGGUCGUGAUCUUGGUUUUAACUGACUUGAUUUACAUUUGCUGUAUUCAGUGAUGAUCCAGGUUAAUUUGUGAAUGUGUUCUUAACCUGCUUCAGGUUUUUGGUGGUUAACAGUUUUGUGCUUGAACUUGAAACCAAAGGCGUAGAACAUGAGUGUCCAGGUCCUUUAAGACCUCAGACCAGCAUAGAUCCUCUUUGGUCAGUUUUACAUAGUUUUGACUUCCUCUGCUCAGAGGUAACAGAGUGAGAACAGCAUGAUUUAACAAUGGAUAAAUACAGUCCUGAUUCAUUCACUGACUUAUCUGACCCAUGUGUGGUGAUACAUAAUAACAGAGUGAAUUUUGGCAUGAACGAUACAGUCUAUUAAACGUCUUCAUAAAAACAUCACACGGUGUCACUGCUUCCUCAACCCAGAACCCUCUACAAUCAAAGACGUGGGCUGGAAGCUGCGAGAGGCUUUAAAGCAGCAGCUGGCCAUCAUCCAUGAACGUGUAGAGGCCAAGAAGCUUGCCAAGUUGGCUCUGGCUGAGGUCCGAGAGCUUCUGGCGAAAGAAGAGGAAGAGAAAGAGCUGGAGCUGGGGAGGAAGGAAAUAACAACCAGGGUGAAGGAAAGAGUGGCUGCCAGGCUAAAGGAGGAAGAAGAGAAGAUUGAAAAAGAAGAAAUGGUGAAGGCUCUGGAAAAACUCAAAAAGGAAAAAUCAAACCAACUGGACGAGAAAAAGGAAGAAGUGGUCAAAGAGGGGGACAAGAAGCAAAAGAACACCGGAGAGAACAAGGAGAAGUCUGGGAAAGAGGGGGAGGAGAAGAAAGCGAAGCAGGAAGACGAGGGGAGAGGGACAGAGUCUGCCAAGGAUAAAAGAAAGAAGGGCAGAGCUGAUAAAUCCGAGCGAGGAGGCAUUAAGAAAAAGUAAGGUGUUAAAGGACGGUCGUCCGUACCAAUUUUAUCACCUAUCAAAACAUCAGCUCCAUAUUUAAUCUCCAUUCUUAAACCAAUAGAGAAUGAAAUAUCAGUGUUUCCAAGUUCCUUUCAGAUAACAUUUGGCACUGUGUGUAGAGUCUGAAAAUGAUCCCCAGAUGAGAUUAAUGAAAGCUAACUGAAAUGACAGAGCUGUUUCAAGCUCUUCUACGCUUUUCUUACUGCAGGAGUCCUCAUGUUGGGUUUUCAUAAAUACAGUCUUUUCCUCUGUCAAUAAAGUUUCUGGAUCUGUGUAAAGGCCUCUUCUCUAGCAUGUGCAAUGGGUUCUGAGUUUUUGUGCUUGGACAGAGACCACAUGAUGAAUCAGCUGUCCUCUGUGCCAAACUACAGUCAAUCAUUUUGGGGGGAAAAAAACUGUGAACGCUCCAUUCAAGACCCUGCAUUAACCUUUCAUAUACUCAAUAUUCAAGAUAUGGAAACUAAUAAUUUAAAAAUCACAAGACACACCAUAAGCAGACUCAACUUUACGAGGCCCUUGUAAGUCAGCAAAAAACCCACGCUUCUGCUCCCUUGCCUGAAGGGGAACCUUGUUAAAGGGAGAUUCCGGCGUAAAAUUAAGUUUUGGUCAAACACAACUUAACACCAAGUGAGACACCCCCUUGAGAGAUGAAUGUUGCUGACUGCUUGCUUCGUAUACUUGCUUGUUAUACCAACUUUAGUAAGGACCACACAAUAGCAAUACACAGUGGUCUACGUCUCCACUCUAUAGCCACAAAUAAUGCUCAGAACAGCACCUCACUUCAUCAACAGUACAUAUAGGGUCCCAGCCAUAGUACUAGCCACCAAACAUCGUUUUAGCUUUGCCUGAUUUCUUUAGCAAAGAGACUAAACACAACUCACCUACUCUCUUUCAGCAGCCGCUUGUGUUGGGGAGCCCCAACGAGUCCAUCACCGAGUGCAGUGGAGUUUCGCAGCUCAAGGAAGAACAUUUAUGAUUAUUACUUCAUGGAAAUGCAAUUGGAGUUUUUAUGUAUCUUGUAUGUACACUGCAGACACAGUAGUUCCUCUGCCUUACCGUCUCGGUCUGAUUGCAUUUCCAUGAGGAAAUAAUCAUGAAUUUUCUGCUGCACUCGGUGACCCACUUGUCAGAGCUCCCCCACAAACAAGAGACUGCUGGAAGAGAGUGUGGAGACAGUUGGUGCUGUUCUGAGCAUUAGUUGUGGCUAUAGAGUGGCUUUUUGUUUGAGGUUUGUGUGUGGAGACGUAGACCACUGUGGAUUGCUAUUGUGUGGUUGUUACUAAAAUUGGUAUAACUAGAGAAGCUAGCAGUCAGGAACCCUCAUCUCUCAAGGGGGUGUCAAACUCCGUGUUACGGUGUGUUUGACCAUAAGUAAAAUUAUGCCCUUUAAGUGUAAUGAUGUUCCUGAUAAUAUAAUAACUAUGUAUCCAACACUUUUGUACCAAUAAGCUCCGUAGCAAAUUAACAUCUGAUAGACAAACUUCACUCACUGAGAAAAAAAAAACAGAUUAUAAUCUGUGGACUCUAUUUGUGACAGUAAACCUCACUUAUUGAUCAUUAGGAAUGAUGGCCAUACUGUCACACACCCAAGUGAACACAGCAUAACAAACACACAUUUUUUGCCAACAACUUGUGCAUCAUCUCAUGUAGGACUGAAAGAGAAAGCUGUUGUGGUCACUUCCCGUUCUGGAGAGGCCUCAGCCCCAGUGGAGACACCUGAACCUGAGCAAGCACCUGAAGGUACCACUAAUGUUUAUUACACACACACGAUCAUGUCCUAACAGGGUCACCAUCACAGGAACAUGGUGGUAGAUGGUUGGAGAAGAUGGAGUGAUCUUGUUAUCAUGACAUGGUGAAACAGUGAGAUUACACACUUGCGUUACACACUAAGGGUUGCACAAGUGUUGUGUAACUUUAUUGUCCACUUUUGCAACUUUUGGUUAAAGUUAAACAAGUAGACAGUAAAGUUGGAUUGAUAAGAUUAAAACCAAAAAGUACAAUAGUGUUAAGUGCACAGAGGUUGAAACACCAGUUUAAAGACUUUUUAAUCUCCACUUUGAUUCAGCUGACUACACACACCUGAAAGGUUUUAGUUUUCUGAAAGUGGACAGGAAAUCAAAGCUCACAGUACCUGUCUGUGCCAGGGGAAAAAAGAAAAAAGUUCCAGAGAAGUAAGAGUUAACACUCCUCAGAGGAUUUGUCACAUCCCAUUCAUGCCUGUUCAUCCCUCCUUUUUCGUGUCAGCUGUUGCUGAGCCAGAACCUGUGCCUGUGGAAGAAGUGGUUGAAGCUGCUACAGCAGAUGACACAGCUUCAGCUCCACCAGGUGUGUAUGCAAGUGCUUUCAUUUGACAACAGAGUGGUCUUAGAAUAUGUAAAAUACACAAAACCUUGAUAGAUGGAGCAAUUAUUAACCAAUUCUCCCACUGACUACCUGAACACACUUUUUACCAACUGUGUAUUCAGUGUUGUUGGAGCUGUAUGGAAUAAUCAUCCUUUCAGGAGGUGCUGAAAAUCAUAAAAUUUACUCCAGGGAUCUGUUUCCCUGAAGUUGAAAUCACCUGAUAUAAACUCAGGAUCAUUAGCUGACCUGAAUCCUUGUUUAUGCUUUUCUGUAUUAACUGUGUCAGAAGAGUUUAAAGGGGUAUGCUAGGAAAAGAUCAGGUACUCUGGAUGAAGGCCAUCUUAAUGGAUUUAGUCUGAUGUGGGAGCAGGCUCUACAUGGUUACUAUAAUUAUUGUUAGUGUCUAAUAAAUAAAACCUACGCAGAAAUAUUUGACAUGGCAAACAAAACAAAAAAAUCCUUCAUUUGGAGUGAAGUAAGUUUUAGAAAAAAAUAGCUUUUAUGUUGGUUAAGAGCAUUAACAUAUGCAAAAAAAACUGCAUCCUUCACAGUGAGUGUUUCAUAUUUCUGUUACCAGUGCACUCACAUUAGACCACUGACUAGUGGAGCAUCAGCUCUGAUGGUUUCCUCCAGUGUUCUAGUUUUUGUAAUGAUGAUGAUAAACUUUGAGUGAAGCAGACAGGGCAAGGACUGAACUUCUCCUGUAUCAUGGAGUCUCCAAACUGGAAGAAAAGAUUUUCCAUGCUUCUCUUUUUAGAGCCUGAACCCGAGGAAACACCUGAACCUGAGGCAGUAGAACCUGAGCCUGAACCAGAACCUGAGCCUGAACCAGAGCCUGAAGAAAUUCCUGAGGUUUGUACACAUUUUUGUAACUCUCUGUGAAGGUGGCUUCAUUUACAGAAAACAUGCCUGAAAGCUGAUUUCUUGUUUGUUUUGUUUUCCCCUAAAUCAUUUUCAUACUCCAAACCUCGCUGGACUGCUAGAUAUCACCGUGUCUGUCUUUUACUGUAAUAAUAUCCCUCUGUUGUGAUUCAGGUUAAAUAUCAGGGAGACCUGAAGAAUAUUUGCCCCUUUAUCAGUUCAGCCUCUUUAGAUGGAUAGGAGGCUGACAGAGAAAACACAGUAGACUGAAAUAUAAAAUACCAUGUCAGACAACAGCUAACACUCACCAGAUAUUAUUGUGAUGUUACCUAUAGCCAACACAUGAAGUAUCAACUCACCACUUUACCUCAAGACUUUCAUGGUCAGCUGUUCGAUCAUGUGUUUUUUAAACACAUAGAGGUGAGAUGAGGAUGACUGUCAGCUAUAUUCACUUAAAACCUGGAAAGCUGUGGUACAGGAUCAAAACAUCAUCUGAUCUCUCCACCCUCAGAAUAAUCCAGGUUUGGUGGUGGAUCAACCCUCUGUUAUCUACAACCAAACUUGGACGUUUCAAAACUGCACCAGUCCCAACAGAUUUUCAUGAAUCUUGAUGGAUUGAUCUUCAGAUCAGAGAGGGCUAAAAAUCGUUUUAUCCUUGAAGCUGAAACUGGUUUCUUACAUUCAGUAACAAUGAAAGGAAAAAAUGUGUUUCAGGUGAUUGAGGAGGAUCCAGAGGUGCUGGAAGAAGAAGCUCCAGCUGCGGAUGAGGCUGCACCAGAGGAGGUAGGUACAGGUCUGUAAAAACCUUCCUAAAAGGACAGACUGGAUUAGUCGGCAUGUCACUCAACUGUUGAGCUGAGAUGUUUGUUAGUUUGUCUGGUGUUUGGUUGUUUUAAAGUUUAGGUUUCACUUGAGGAUAAAAAACUGAUCAGCCGGAUGUGCUCUUGUACCUGAGAGCAGAUGGUGCCAGUCUUGUCCCUUUGUUGAAAUGCAGAGCUCAGAUUAAGACCAAGCAGUUUUAAUAUUGGCCACAGAGAACCAGAGUGAGGUGUUGAGGGAUCCAGACUCUACAGAUAGUGGGUUUAUCUGCAGAGUGGCAGACAAAGAGGUGAAGCAAGAAAACCUCCAAACUCUAAGAGAGACAGAGUCUGUGAAUUUACUGUAACACUUAAGGGGUAAAAAUGUAGGAGCUAAACAGAGAGGCCUAUACCGAGAGAAAUAGGAUCUCUUUUAGAGCUUAUGCAUCGUUAAACAGACAUGGAGCUUGACAAGGAUCAGUAACUGAAUCAAUAACUGCCUUCAUCAGCAGCUUUUCUUCAUCACUUUGAAUGUGUCGUACUUUUAUAAGUUAUUUUAUAAUUAUUAUAAGUUUAAAUUAGAGUCAACAGGUGAAGUAUUGAUCAUGAGCAGUGAUAGCAGUCUCUGCUGGGAUGUAAUGGUCAGUCUGUGAUUCAGGGAGAAUCCAGCCUGCUCCCCUGUAACGGACUCAACACUGAAUCAAAAAUGGUCAUAGCUGACUCAGACCUGGCGUCUGCUCUGCUGUGAUCUGUAAAAAGUGAUGAAUUAACUCUAAAAGAAGAGAUCCAGACGUGCAGACAGAAGCUACAACAGUGCAUCUCUACACUGUAGUUACUCGUGUACCACUGCUUGUUAGCAGACACUCAUAGCUUGUUUAGUUGCCGGGCGACAGCGUGCUCCUCUGUGCUGAUUUUAGUUCUGUUAAGACUUCAUCAUUGGAAGGGAAAUUCCAUAAUGACACUAAUCAGGCUUUUCCUGGUCUGUAAACUGUUCAGAGGUCAAAGGUCAUCCCUGCUCAAAAGCCAAAGGUACAUAUUUCUGUUUCAAGAGAAAAUGGAUAUGUUUUUAUGACAGAGCAAUGUUACUUGAUUCCAGGAUGCUCCGGCUGAUGAGGAGGCAGCAGCUGAGGAAACUGUGGCUGAGGAGAUUGUUGAGGAGAUUGAGGAGGUUUUGGAGGAGGUGGCCUCAGAAGUAGUAGAAGAAGCUGCAGCUGAGGAAGAGGAGGCUACUGCCACAGAAGACGCUGUUGAGGAACAAGCUGAGGAAGAGUCUGCUCCUGCUGAAGAGGCUACUGAGGAGCCUGCAGAGGAAGAAGAGGCUGCUCCUGCAGAAGAGGCUACUGAGGAGCCUGCAGAGGAAGAAGAGGCUGCUCCUGCAGAAGAGGCUGCUGAGGAAGAGGAGGCUGCUGCUACAGAUGAUGCUGUUGACGCUGUGGCAGAGGAAGAAGAGACCACUCCCUCAGAAGACGUGGAAGAAGUAGAAGAAGAAGAGGCAGCAGCUGAGGAGCAGGAAGAAGAUGCAGCUACCGAAGAAGUAGCAGAGGAGGAGGAGGAGGAGGCAGCACCAGAGGAUGCAGGGGCUGAGGAGCCUGCCGAAGAGGAGCAAACUCUAGAGGAGGAGAUAGUAGAAGGUAAAUAAAGGAUAUCUAAAAAGUACUGAGACUGUGUUAGUGUUACUUUGAUGUCCCAGUGACCUCUUUGGACUUGAAUCCACAUUUCAGCCUAAAUGAACAGUCCGGAUUCAAAGAGGGGUACAGGGAUCACAGGUUAACGGAUCAGAGUCAAGGACAGAGCUGAUGGACUCAAUCAGCAGGAGCUGAAGUUUUUAAAUGAACACUUUCAUCUCUGUUAGUGACUAAAAUGCUAGCUAGCUGCCACAGAGCUGCCUGUGGAGACUUUAGCAACCAGGUUCAAGUUAGAUGAUGAGUCUAACAAAUGUUUGUAUUCAUGUGACAAAUACUACAGUAAACCUCCCUCUAUAGCCGUCAGAGAGUUCAGUGGUUGCACAGGUGUCACCCUGGCCACUGUGAACAAACACACACACACACACCAGAGCGUACAGUUGUAUUUAGACAGUAUGAACACACUGUAUUCCACUGUCCAGAGGUCAGUACAUACAGUAUCUGUCUUUCUUCCUUCAUACCAAACACAGUUCUUCUUCUGCCACACUUUAAACUCUGUCUUUGAUUUUUUUUUUUUUUUUAUGUCCAUCAGAGUCAGAAUACCAACAUGAUUUGUUCAAAACUGUCACGAGUUUCUUUAGUUUUCUUUGCAGUGCUCACUGCAGAUAUACACACAAACACACACAAGGACUCCAGCUAAUGCAUGAUGAGAUCUGUGAGCAGUAUGCCGACCCUACCUGUGAAUCCUUGUACUGUAACUGAACGUUUCUUUGUUUUUGCAGCAGCAGCAAAGUUUGUGGAGACAGAGGAACAGAUUCAGGAUGAGCCCACAGGUAAACUCUGACAGUAUUUAUUUUACAAUCAUAUAAAUAUAAAGUAUCAGCUACUCAAGUUUUGGACACAGGAAGGAGAAAGUCUUCAGUAUAUUUGUCUUUAAAUUCUUUAAAUCUGAAAGUGAAAACUUGGAAUUAGUAAAAAAGUGUUAAUUCGGAAACAGAGAAAAGAAAAGACUCAAAGUUCACAGUGACUCAAAAUGCUGACAUUUCAGAGUCCUGCUGCACAGAUGAAAAAUUAUUGAUAAGUUAUGUAAUUCUGAAGUAAUGGCACACAGCCUGAAUGUAAGGGUGUUUCCAACAUGAUCUUGCUUAUCAGCUGAUGCACUAUGGCUGCUGUUCAGCAUAGCACAUUAUCUGAUCCUUUGAUACUAGAGAGGCUGUGAAUGGGCUUUGACUCUUUCUUCAAGUUCCCCGACUGAAGAAUCACUACACAGUGUAAAGAGGUCUGGGUGAAGCUCUUUGUGACAAACCUCAUAACUAGAUCCCAACACCAUAUGUCACCGUACCAGUAUAAAAUCAAAUGUAUUUGUAGGGCAGGAAAUUUAUGAUCAGAAUAAUAGUAUUUUAAAUGAGAAGUAAUGACUUAGAAACAGUCUUAUAAUGCUGCCAGUUUGAGGAGUUUCUGAUGGUGAUGAAAGCCUGAGAAAACAAACAGUACAACAAACUUGAACUAUAGAAUAGUGUGAAUAAAGUGCAUUAGUAUGUGUUUAAUGUCUAACAUACACACACGUGUGUAGUCACAUGUAAGACUCAAACAUGCUGUUCAUGUUCUCCCCAGAAACGUAGAGGCUGCUGCGUUCAUCAUGGGCACGGAGCAGGGACCCUCUGAUACUGAUCCCAGCACACUUGGACCAGCGAUGAUGCACCUCUCCAUCUCCAGAAAAAUGAUUGAGUCGCUACGGCGACACCUAUCUUUGUCCCUCUCCAUAUGUUUUCACCCCUUCCUUUAAACUUUCUCUUGAUAUGGACGAAUGAGAUAAUGAAUUAAUUGUUUACCGAUGUAUUUCUCCCCCUUCUUUCCCUUAACCUUUUCUGGUUCGACCCUUUUUCAGUUUUCUUCCAGAGGGUUUGUAGGACUACCAAAACUCAGGCCACACAAAGUCUUUGUCUUGCAGCCAUUCCACCAGAGUCCUGCGCUGGAAGGAGCUGUACCAGUAAACCUGUCUGGAACCUUCAAGUCUUUCAGUGACAUAGCUUUGCUUCCUCUCACUCAGUUCUGUUCAGCAUACUGAAGGCAAAGUUCCUAACUGAGUCUGUCUCAGAUCAGUCUCUGUGGACUCUGUGGACUUUGUGGUUUCAGGCGCACAACAGAAAAGGGAUUCUGCUCUGAACAAUGCAUCCACAUCUCAUCUCCACAAAUUGUUUUACAACAAAGCAAAUCCUGUACCUGUGUCCUGCUCACAGUCUUGUAAUGCUAUGCAAACCUGUCUGGAUGUCCUCUGCCCCCCCACCCCCUGGGCUGCCAGGUUAUUUACCACUUGUAUGUGUGGAUUUCAGGAUGAGCCACAUACUACCUUUAGAUUUCACAUAAAAGCUGGUAUGAAGUGUGAGUGAGUAUGUUUGCGGAUGUCCUACCCUCAGUGAGAGAGCUCUUGUGUGUUGUGUGACAAAUCUCUUUUUGCUUCAUAAUCCUUCUGUGAGCCGUAGCUGUGUUAUGUCCAGUUUAAAGAUAGUGUUUCACUUGUUUUUUGUUCUUUAAUCUGUACCUCAGUGUGAUUUUGUUGUGUAGAUCCUUAGCUUUCUUUCUUUCUUUCUUUCUUUCUUUCUUUCUUAGUGUUUCCGAUGCAAGUACUAACACCAUUUAAAACUAGCAAGAAUUUUGAACUGAAGUCUAUCCCUCAGACUUAAGCUCUUUCUGUUUUAAACUGUGACAUAGAUGAGGAAAGCUGACCAUCUUUGGUGUAAAUUUUUUUUUUUUUCCAGCUACACAUUCAGAUCCAACCCAACAGGCAGAUUUAGGAGGAUUGAGAUUUUAAAGACUUUGGACUUCGGAUUUCUGCAUCAGUGUAAUCUUGUUCUUUUCUCAAAGGGAAACCUGGUGAUUGUUCCUUUAAGUUCUCCUCUUCCCGGCAUUAUUAGUCUUGGUGUUUUUGUUUAUCCACUGAUCCAGGCUCAAACAUCAGAAAACUCAACCUCUUCUUCAGCAUCUCUUCACUACAGGACUGAAUUAAAGGUCAGAUGACACCAUAUUGUGUGUUGUUUUGAAGCUGAUGUCCAUAUGUGCAGGUCAACUUUCCUGGUGUACAGCGAGUAGAUUUACAUGUGACACUGAGAAAGUUUUGGACACUGUGGACAUCACCCUGUUGUUCCGAUACUCAAAAACUUUAUCAAUAGAUCAGAUUUACGAGGGUUUAUUUUUGGAAAUUACACUACAGUUAGAAACAGAGGAGAGCAAGGACAGCAUUCCUCCAUACUUCAAAAACUUGUUUCAUUUAGCAGAACAGUGGAAAUGUGUUUCUGUAGCCUUGACAGACUCUAUCCUCCAGACUGAGGUAUGUAACACGCUCUGUUGUUGUGCAGUAGUUCUUUGUAAGAUGUCCUCUGUAUUCUUCUGUAACAAUAGCUAGUCUUUUCUACUUCUUCACACUUUGUGAGUCAAUGUGAACUGUAAAAGCUUUUUAAAAUUCAAGAUUUCAAUCUGUAUCAAGUCGAAACCUAGAUUUUUGAAAAUAAACGUUUUUUAAAAAGACUUGAGGGAAAAAAAACUGUUGCAUGGAAAGCUUUUCACAGAGCUUGACAUUGUGCCAGGCGGUUUAAAGAGGCAGUGCUACUUCAGGAAACAAAGGUUUUCUUCCAAGGAUUGAAAUGGUAGAGCAAUAGCAUUGAAACAGCAGAUUUUUGGGCUUCUUUAUACCAAUGUUUGAUCAGAGUUUAUCCACAUGCUUGGUAGGGCUGUGACGACAUGAAACUCAGUGGCUGGCAGUUAAAAACAGCAAACAGGUUUGUGCAGCAGCAAGCUGACCUGCACAAGGAUGCUAAUUAUUAAAAGUUCCCAUGUCUUUGGCCAACAGUGGUGUCUACAGAUGUAAUGGUAUCUUGUAGAUGCUUAUGAUGAUUAAGUUAUUGUGAAGUAAUGGCGGAUUGUGUGAAGCAGUUAUGAAGUGUCACCAUUUUCUGCAAACAAUCUGUUGCUACCUGCAAUAAAAGGUUUGGGGAAAAAAAGAAA